AUGUCUGCACGUGCUCUUAGGCAGUUUAAGCCUAGAAACAAGCUUGCCACUCGCUGCUUCUCCACCACCCGACCUACCAAUGCGGACUUCACCCAUGCGGUAAUUGGCGGGGGCGUCGUCGGCCUUGCUACCGCACGCCAACUCGCAGCUCGCGAAGGCACCUCAACAAUUCUACUAGAGCGACAUGACGCACCAGGGACAGAGACGAGCAGUCGCAACUCCGAAGUAAUCCACGCCGGUCUCUACUACCCAGCCACCUCUCUCAAAACCCGCCUCUGCAUCCGCGGCCGCAACCUCCUCUACGACCUCUGCGCGCAACACAACAUCCCCCACCGCAACACGAAGAAAUGGAUCGUAGCGCAAACCCCCACACAAUGGGAAGCAUGUCUGAAAAUACACGCGCACGCACAGGCACUUGGCGACGCGCCGACACGGCUGGUGGGACAUGAGGAAGCACAACAGCGCGAGCCAGACGUCAAGGCAGAUGCAGGCAUUGUCGAGAGCGAGACAUCCGGUAUUGUGGACAGCCACUCGCUGAUGACAUAUCUGCAGGGCGACUUUGAAGAGCGCGGGGGCGAUAUUGCGUUCAAGACGCGCGUGACGGGCGUGGAGGCUAUCGACGGUGGCCGCGGCGGGUAUAAGAUUACCGCUGUUUCGGAUGAGGAUGGCUUGGUUACUUCUAUCACCGCUGAGACGCUGGUUAAUAGUGCCGGUCAUGGUGCCUGCGCUAUUAGUAACAUGCUCCUUCCGCAAGAGCGUCAUUUUGUUCCGCAUUAUGCGAAGGGCACGUACUUCUCGUAUGCGUCAUCUAGGCCCAGGACUUCGGUUUUGGUUUAUCCGGCUACUUUGCCGGGGACUGGUGGACUUGGGACGCAUUUGACGCUUGAUAUGGGUGGGCGUGUUCGUUUUGGGCCGGAUGUUGAGUGGGUCGAUAGUCCUGAUGAUUUGGUGCCGAGCGCUGCGCGCUUGGAGCAGGCGUUGCCGGAGAUCAAGGCUUAUCUGCCUGGUGUCGAUGUCGAUGCCAUUGCAUUGGAUUACUGUGGUAUUCGCCCUAAAUUGGGCAGAGGCGGUGCUGUUAAUGAGGGUAAGGGGUUCCAGGACUUUAUCAUUCGGGAAGAAGAGGGUUUGCCCGGGUUUAUUAAUUUGUUGGGUAUUGAGAGCCCCGGCUUGACGAGUUGUUUGGCGAUUGGUGAGAUGACGACCCCCAACUUCUUCUUACUUCGCAACACCAACAUCCCAAUCCAACAUCCAUCCCAAAUGGCAUCCCUAGGCCUCGGUGCCACCCUGAACCCCAACCAAAAUCACGGCCCCGUAUUCCUAACAUUUAACUUCAUCCUCGCCUACGGCCUUCUCUCCUCGCGCACUUUGAAACAAUGGUACGGCCUCGAUCACCAGGUCUCGCCUCGCGAAGACCUAACCAAAUAUGGCGAGACCGCUGUGCGCGAAGGCAAGAUCACACGCAAACAGUUGGACAUGCUGAAGCGCAAUGAAUCGGCGCACGCUAAUGCCGUAGAGAACUUCCCACUACUGGUUUCCGGUGUGCUUUUUGCGUCGUUGGCUGGUGUACCCGCGCAAAAGAUCAAUGCUGCGGCGUUGUCGUACACUGCUGCCCGGAUUGUUUACGGGGCGGUUUACAUUUUGGUGGAUAGUCCUAAGUGGAGUUGGACCAGGGCGUGGGUGUGGUGGUGGGGGAAUUCGAGCUGUUUCUAUCUGUUGUGGAAGGCUGGGGAGUUGUUGAAUUGA